GCCUGUUUGGUUAUCACAAUCAAUCUCAGCCCAUUCAUGAACAUCUUUGCAUUCUCAACCAUCUUUCUUGCAACUGGCGCGAAACUCUCUCACCCAUUAAUCAGAGGCAAGAUUGCAGGCAGCGAAGAAACAUGGCGCACUUGCGCCUGCAGUGCAGACGGGUUAGGAAGAACUACUGGCUGGAACUCAAGGAUGCAUUACUAUUGCUUGUCAUCGGACGAAUAGUUAACCUCAGAUAUGUUGUUCCCAGGUAUUCAAAUUCCGAGAAGCGUUGGCUGCUAUGAGGCACGGUGCACUGAUGAACAUACCAUUUCCGAAAUUAAGCCGCAUCAGGAUGGCUGGAUCGGAAGUGCAGACACCACUUCGGAACAGGAAUGGUGCUUACUUGAAAUAUAUUUGUCGGGACCACAUUGAUCGGGAGCCAUAGCCAACAGUUGGCACCCAGAGCCUACGAGAUAGUCCGGCAAAGCUAAAUCCUUGGGACGGAGCUCAUACUAACUAAUACAUGCUUCCAGCGUCAUGGCUUCGAAAGACUAGGAAGGAUUUACUGUUAAAUUGGUGUUGCUUGGAAUUUGACCGGAUAUCCUCAAGAUACAAGAGGACUUUGAUCGAUGGGAAACAGAGCAAUCAACUACAUUCAUUAUUUCAUAUUUCGACUUCAAAGUGCGGCUACAGGCUUACUGUUCUUCGUCUUGUUCUGUAGACAGCUCCAACCAUCUCGGGAGAAUCAAAUUUCUACUAAGCCGUCAAGCUCACUUUAACUGCCUACCAGCGCUGAACAAGCCUUGAAAUAGCCGGAGUCGGUUUUGUAUACUGUCCAAGUUUACACCCACACCCCCCCAAUACUCUUCUCCGCGUGAGAAUCAUAGAAUAACUAGACUCCGAUUCCGGUCCAGUGUUGGUCCUCUCCUGUUUACAUAGCCCUCCACGCCGGGUAAGAUUUGAAAUAUACUUCUCCACAGUAUCUCAUCAAAGCACAGCGAGCCCAGCAACCCGUUAACAGGCUUAUAGAUGCCGAGUUGUAUAUAACUAGAGGAUGGGGCAGGAAAACGACGGAUAACUAUUGUUCUGGCUUAAUAAGCAACUCCCCAACUCCGCAUCCGAUAUCGGCUAUUCUGGACAGAAGGAUGACUUAUGCAAUCUUCAAAGACGUAAAUAUAAAGGAAUCAUACACCCCGGGUUCGUUAAAGAUGCAGCUAAAAGAAAUAUAAUAAACAAAAAUAAAAAAUAAGGCCUACAGGAGCUAGCAGCGGAAAAAAGACUGGUAGAUCCUGUUUCUCCUAGAAUCUUGCAACUAACUGCGCACCAAGAGGAAGAGAAUCAUUUCAAGAAAAGAUAUUGAGAGAUGGUACCAACGCAGGAAGUUUCUGGGCCGCAGAAAGAUCACUGGUCGGAAGAGGCAUAUCACACUUCGGCUGCCUUUGUCCCAAAGCUCACACAGAAGGUGUUGCAAUAUCUUAACCCACAGCCAACAGACCGGGUGCUGGAUAUUGGAUGUGGAGAUGGGAAGUUCACCGGCAGUUUCAUUCCACAUGUGGGAUCGGUGCUGGGCAUCGACGCAUCCGCUUCCAUGAUUAGCUCUGCCAAAGCGGAUUAUGGCAGCCCCAAGGCCGAAUUUCGAGUUGUGGAUUGUAGGUAUUUGGACCGGGAGCUGGAUAUUGUCGAGAGGGCAUGGGAUAAAGUGGUUUCUAAUGCCGCACUUCACUGGAUCCUGAGAGAUGCAUCCACAAGGGUGGGCGUGCUGGAAACAAUAUACUCCUGCCUCAAACCAAAUGGGACCUUUGUAUUCGAAAUGGGGGGCCAUGGGAAUGUGCCUGAAGCCAACACCGCGCUGCUUGCCGCGGUGACCCAUCAGGGAACUACGAUCCAGCAAGCGCGCGCCGCAAACCCGUGGUUCUUUCCGUCUGAAUCCUGGAUGAGAGCGACCUUGGAGAAGAUUGGAUUUCAUAUUGAGAAGCUGGAAGUCGAAUAUCGGCCCACUAAGCUUACCACUGACGUAGACGGCGGUAUUGCCGGGUGGGUGCGCCUGAUGGGAUCCCAGAUGCUGGAUAUUGUGGAUGCGGACCGCCGCGAGGCUGCUGUUGAGGAGGUCUGUCAGUUACUUGAAACGGUCAUCACAAGGGAAGAGGAUGGUAGCAAGUGGUUGGGAUAUGUUCGUCUUCGAGGCGUUGCCGUGAGGAAGUAAUGUGUUUGCUUGAAGUGUGGGUAUCUUAUUACAAUCCUUAAUUCUUACACAGGAUUCGUCGCAAGGUAUGUAUUCGAGAGAGCUGGAAGUUUUUGAAGGUGGGCGUUGAAGGUGACUUUAGAAGAGCGGCUUGGAAAAUAAAGCGAAGGUGGGUGACCUGCUACGGGAGGACGCGAUAUGGAGAGGAGAGGUGAAGCCAAAUAGGCCUCGAAUGAUAUGAAUGCAAGCAAAUGCGGCAAAUGAGGCUUGAGUUCAUUUCAAUAUCAAAGCUUGGAAUAAUAAACUACAGGGCGCAUUGAGGAAGGUCAACUGAAAACCGACUAGAAAAGUAAAUGUUCUCGCAUCCCUAGUCCGCCCUCCAUUAAACUUGAGGAAAAAGAGCAGUUCUGAAAUGAGAUGGAGACAAAAGGGUAACAGAGAAGCAAGGAAGAGCCCAGUAAAAACAAAAGAUGAAGAAAACUCCCACCCAAAGGGGGUAUAAUCCACAUCACCAAGCGGAUCCCUCUAAACCCCACAGCAAAGGAAAAAGUAAAGAGAUACGAAAUUCCGAAACAACCCAAACCACCCUACCAAUUGACAAGCCCAUCAGCAAGUGAGGAGAACUGAACCUCACUCCAAUAGCACAAAACCUCUCCAUGAAAACACCAUCGGCGAAUCGAGGGGUUUCCAGCAAAAAGGCAAAUGCUGCGGAAUAGGCAAAGAACACCCCUCAUGCAUUAGGAGCAAGUCAGCUGAUAGACUGGUUCGGAAUCAUACCAGAAAACAUCAUAUCCCCUCCCCACUCCCUUGCAAGUAGGAGAUAUAGGGGGUUCGAUAAUGUGGGCCAUCCCCUCUUCGGUAGGCGGGGUUUUCCCUUCUUUCAUUUCCCCCCGAGCUCCUCCUUACUGCUCUCUCUUUUAUUGAUAUUGCGCUUUUUCUCGUGGACCAGCCACUGCCUGCGAGGGCGGUGGGUGGCCGUCGGAGAGACUUGUGAUCUGCCGACCAUGGGGAUGAAAGGUUGGCAGACGUAUGAUUGCUCUGUUCUGGAGCAGCGCGUUGGUUGUCUCAUGUUAGUCCGUUCAGAAUGAAUAUGUUGAAGAAACCAUAUCAGCAGCGGCCCAAGAGAUGAAAAGGGAGACGUGGAAGUAGGUUAGUAAUAGAGCGAAAUUUUUGGCUAGACGCUUGAAACUGGCUCAGUGGGGAUGUAAAUCAAGAGAGAUGCGAUUAUAAUACAUGUUCGUCUAAAAAUACAUGGAGUGUGAAAUUCGCACCCUCUAGACAAUGAGGUGGUGCAUCAACUGGUCUAUAUCGAAAAGUUUAGAACGCAUAUUCAAAUAAGAGCGUAAGGGAAACUAGGACAACCGUAACCAAAAAUGUAAGACAUCGAAAGAAAAUUUGUAUGUAUAUACUUAAGCCGCGCCGGUAGCCGCACCUUGCUCCUCAGAACCGGCGGCAUUGCCUUCUUCAGGACCC